GCAUCUAGGUACCAGGGCGUAAGAAGCGACCCUGAAGACUCACUAAUGGGCUGUUCCUUUUCUCUGUGGCCAGUGUUUGUCCAGCAUGAUGCUGCCCAACUCUACCUCAAAAUCUGGAACCUGAUUAAGGACCAGAUCGCUGAUGUGGACUUGGUGGGGAGGCUGCAGGCCUUGUAUAUGAUCCGGAUGAAGGACUCUUUGAUCUGCCUCGACUGUGCCUUGGAGAGAAGCAGAAACAGCAGCAUGCUGACCCUCCCACUUUCUCUUUUCGAUGUGGACUUGAAGCCCCUGAAGACCUUGGAGGACGCCCUGCACUGCUUCUUCCAGCCCAGGGAGUUAUUGAGCAAAAGCACGUGCUUCUGUGACAACUGUGGGAAGAAGACUCGUGGGAAACAGGUCUUGAAGCUGACCCAUUUGCCCCAGACCCUGACCAUCCACCUCAUGCGAUUCUCCAUCAGGAAUUCACAGACGAGAAAGGUCUGCCACUCCCUGUACUUCCCCCAGAGCCUGGAUUUCAGCCACGUGCUUCCAAUGCAGGGAGAGAUCCAUGAUGCUGAGGAGCAGCCUGGAGGGCAGUAUGAGCUCUUCGCUGUGGUUGCGCAUGUGGCAAUGGCGGACUCCGGUCAUUACUGUGCCUACAUUCGGAAUGCUGUGGACGGAAAAUCGUUCUGCUUCAAUGACUCCAAUAUUUGCUCGGUGUCCUGGGAAGACAUCCAGUGUACCUACGGAAAUCCUAACUACCACUGGCAGGAAACUGCGUAUCUUCUGGUUUACAUGAAGGCGGAAUGCUAAUGGGUGUGCCCAAAACCUUCAGAGAUGGACACACUGUGAUUUUCCACUUCCAUCCUGGAUCUAUGGAGUCUUCUAAGAGAUUUUGCAAUGAGGAGAAGAAUCGUUUUCCAACUAUAUAAUUGAGCCUUAUUUAUCAUCAGGGAUAUAAUCAAGAUAUUUACCGCGGAAACCCUGCAGGACCUGAUCAGUCAGGAUGGACGCUUUCGCCAGCGGACCCGGCCAUGUGGCUGCUGGGUCUUGGGUGCUCUCUGCUGUGGUCAGCCCUUUAGUUAGGAGCCUGUGGAAGGUCCAGGUGCCCCAGGGAGGAGAGCAGUGGCAGUGGGGGGCAUCU